AUGCGGUCGCUUACCGCAACGACAGCGAACGGCUUCGCCCCCUUUUCAAGCGGCCGCCGUUCCCUGCGCGCUUCGUCGGGGAAGGACAGUCUGCGCGUCGUCGUCGGCGUGCGGCUGUUCGUCCAUUGUGUCCAGCGCCGCUCUCCAAAGCGUCAUGCGGCCGGCGAAGACAGCGUGCCUGCGUGUCAUCGUCCGCGCCACUCUUUUACAGAGAUCGCGUGCCACCAGAGAGUUCUUCUCCGUGCCCGGCGACCGCUGUUUACGACUCGAAGCUGCUCCAACGUUUUGUCAGUCUUUCUUUUGAUCGCCGUCGUUCUGGCGCUCUGCUACGCAGUCGCCGCGAACGACAGACUCUCCCUCAGCCUCGCCUCUCUCCCACUCACAGGUCUCCCGCAGCUUCUCAACAAGCAGCUGCUGAUCCGCGGCCAUCGCUUUCUGCACUCCUCAUCCAUUGCAAAAGUGCCGUCCUCUCUUUUCCUUCAUAGGCUCUCCUUGCGGCUCUUCUCCAGGCCUCGUUCCGCGCCUCUCUUCGCCGUCGCAGACCGGCCCCGCCCCUCGCACCUGCGCCUGUCGUCUGCUUUGGGCGAUGCCGCUCCGUCGCCUUCCCUUUCUUUUCUUUCGUCACCUUUCUCAGCUCCUCACUCUCCUUCAGCCGCAGCGUUCAUGGCAGGCGCGAGUGACGCAGAGAGGGAAAGAAAAAGUUGCUUUCUUCGCGCGCUGCCUGCACUGCUUCUCGCCUCCUCUCUGCCGCCCGACAGGACAUCGCCCUCUUCUUCCUCGCUGCGAAGCACGUCCUGCGGGAAGCUGGAGGGCUGCGCGGUCUCUCCCGAGCGCCUCUGCGGCGCCAAGACGCCGAACUGGCUGGAGUCUUCCCUUCCGUUUCCUUUUUCCUCGCUCCUUUCCGCGUCGCCCCUGUCGUACGCGUCUGGCUCCGACGACCCCUGCACCGCCAGUGCGGACUUGGCGCGUCUCUGCUCAGGCGGCGAGGUGCAAAAGCCUGACGAGAGAGAAGACGCCGAACCAGCCGGGAGAGAAGCAGACUCGACCCGCGGUGAAGCGCGAGGAUUCUCUCGCGGGCCUUCAGCAGAAUGUUCAGGGAGGGAGCAGCCGGUUCAGGCACAGACACCGGAGGGAGAACGGAUGCGCGCGGAGCGACAGCCGCUGACGCAUUCGAGUACCUUACAUGAUGGCAGCCCUGCGCCCGAUCGUCCGCUGCAGGAGCGCCCGCGCGUCCCCGCCGACCGGUACGACGAGACAGGGACGGUUCUGAGACAGGUUUCGUCGUUCUCUCGCCGAUCUUGUCCUCCUUCCGCCCUCUUUUCAUCGUCUUCUCUGGCGUCGCCUGCUGCUUCGUGCUUCACGCCACUUUUCGCGCCCUCCACGGCCUCGCCCCGCGGCAGCCCGCGCGCGCCCUCGUCUUUCACCGCGCGCCCGGCAUGCGACCGUUCAUGGCAGGCUGAGAGCGAGACGGGCGACCGCAGGAAGCGCGGGCGCUUCGAGGAGCAGAGGAUGUUCAAAGAAGACGCAUACCUUCCGCUGUUUGCGUCCGCCUCGAAGAAGCCCGAGCCGUCGGGGGACGAGAGCGACGACGAGUGCGAAGUCGCGACAGGCGCGGGAGUGGGAGUGCAUAAUCUCAUCAGGCGAACAGAGAGAGCCGACAAGGACGAAGAAGACGAGGAGGAGCGGGACGCCGAGGCCCGUAGAGACGACGGUGCGGCGGCCCCAGAGGCGGGCGAGGACGAGACUGACCGGCCUCUGGAGCCGGGAGACAACGAGGCGAAGAGAGACACAGAUCUUUCGAGGAAGACACAACCUCAGCGCACACACGAGGAGAAUCAGGUUCACUUCGACUUCCAGGACAUCGCCGCUUCAGCUGCUUGCAACAUUUUCAUUCGCACGCUCCUCUCUCGCGCAGACGCGCUGCACAUCGCCGCGCGUGGGCAGCUGGUGCGGUCGCUGCUUCGUCUCGCAACUGCGUCGUCGGCGGGUGCCGCGUCGCGUGCGCCGCCCGCGGAAAGCGCCGCCUCGUGCGCGACGGCCCCUUCUCCGGCUGCUUCGGUGCUGCAGCAGGCAGUCGAGGAAGACGUCUUCUCGGCGCUCCUUCCGCUGCUGCUCGCGAACGCUGAACGGCACGCCCUCGCGCUCGCCGCUCUCCGCGCGUCGUCGGGACAGCGCCGCUCGCCUUCCCUCUGGCGCCGAUGGGUGUGGCGGCACGAGGACGACAGCGAGCGCGGCGAUCUGCCCGUCGAGGCGAGAAGAAGACGCGCGCCCGGCGCGGCACCAGCUGCGGCCUCCUCUGCUGGUCUCGAGGCGCUCGGCGGGCCUGAAGCGACCGACGGUGAGCGAGAAGGGGGGAUGAGAGGCGACGCUGGGGAGAGGGAGACGGCCGUGGGGGAAGAAGAAGAGGUGGAUGGCGAGGCGCUGCUGAACGAGCUCCGGACGCAGCACGAAGAGGCGCGGCGAGACGCGCUUCGCUUGAUUCUCUUGCUUCUGAAAAACAUUCCAGACGCGCUGAGGCAGAGGCCCGCCCAGACGCAAGCGCUGACCGCGCUGCUCGAACGGAUUGCGGAAGAAGGAGAGAUCGAAAAACGCGAGGAAGGCCACCGACGAGGCGACCACCCCCCGGGGGGCGCCGUGGUCGGCGACAGGCCCGCAAGCCCGCAGGCGGAGCGACCCGCUGAACGCCCUACAGGGAAUGCACGCAUGAAUGCCGCCGUCGCGCAGGGAGGUAGGAACCAGGAGCUCCUCUCUCCUCCGGAGACGGCGCGCGCAGGCCCGACAUCCCGAGCUGUCUCCGCGUCUCCAGCGGCGGCGUCUCCCUCGUCCCCGUUCUCGCUCUCUUUGCCCUCGUCGUCGCCCUACGACUGCCUCUCCACAGUUGAAGGCUCAUCAUCGCGCUACGACUACCCGAGCAGCGGGACGCAGUCUCCGCCGUCGUCACCGACCUCCUCCGUCAUCUCAGGGGUCGGAGGCGCGCGCGCCUGGGCGGCCGCCCCUCGGCUCGACGAGGGCGAGAACAAACCCCCCUCCGAAGGCGCCGGCGCACAAGCGAGCAAGCGAGACAGACACGCGCGCAGCGACGCCGCCGGCUACGCAAGAGAGAUCCCAGAGAGCCAGGCGGAGGAGGCAGAGGAACGGCGGGGCGAGGAUAAAAGCGCGCCAGAGGCUGCUCCGUCGAGCGGGUUGGCAACGGCGCCCACGCGGACGCCAGCUAGCCCUGAAGAAAAAAAACCGGGUGCAGCAGCUGCGGGGGAGAGAAGAAGCGGAGCGGAGGAGAAUGGCGAACAGGCCACGAAGGAGGAGACCGCCAGAGACAUUCCUCCGACGUCUAGAAGAGGCGAACUGGACAACACUCAACGACCAUCAGGCGACACCGCGGGAGAGAGCGCACUCCGCGCGAAAGACGCAGCGGCAAAAAAUACCAGCGGACGCGAUUGCCAAGCGAGAGAAAACGCCGCAGACACGCGUGGCGAUGCAGCAGAGGCCAGUCUAGACCGCAACGAGCGGCCGACACAACGCGCGGGGGAAUACGACGCGGCGAAGGCGGCGCGCGAGCACACCGCGAGUGAGCACGCAGAGAGUGAGCGCGCCGUGAGUGGAGGCUGUGGGCGCGGGGAGGACGGAGAAGAAGCCCAUUCUCGUGGGUCUCGCGUGCAACAACGAGAGGAGGGGAGGCGCCGAGCAGGGGAGGCAGCGCGCGAGGACGAAGCAAAGAGACUAGCCGCUGAAAUUCUCCUUCUCCUCGCGUCUCCGCCUUACGCAGCUGAUUUGCACGCGGAGGACGCUCCGGCGCAUGAGCAAGAGGGGAGAAUAGCCGCGCCCCGAGAGGAGGCCCCCAGGUCGCUCGUCUCACCCACGCUUGCGCCCUGCGACGAGGAGGGCAACGAGACCGCUACCCAGGAUGAGAGACAAACGAGUGUCUCGGAAGCGCCUCGUUCUGCGUUGUCUCCUCCAUUUCCUGCUUCUGCCGGCUCCGAAAGCCCUGCGGAACGACCCGCCGGCGACGCGGAGCGGGCGCCCUUUCGCCCGUCGGCCUCUCCCGACUCAGUCGCGUCGUCGGGCUGCUUUUUCUCGCGUCUCCUGAGCGGCCUGCCUGAGCGCGCCGACGCUGCCGCGCGCAGUCGCGAAGAAAGAGCCGAGGAGGAUAAAGCUCGUGGCGACGCGCCUGGGGAAGCGCCGCCUGAACAGGAAGGCGCCGCCGGCGCAGGCACAACCUUUGCUGCUCCCUCAGAUGCCGCUUGCUCCGCGCGUGCGCUGUGGGUUCCAGUGCUUCUCUCAGCGAAUCGGGCGAGCGAGCAGGAGGCGCUCCAGGCGUCUCUGGCAGCGGCAGAGCCCAGAAUUCUUGGCGCUCUGCGCGCGCGGGCGCGUGUGGCGCCCAGGAGGGCUCGAGAGGAGACGCACAAACAGGCCAGUGACGCCGGAGAAGGAGUGGGCGCAGAGGCUUGGGAGAAGCCGGCGCGUGAGGGAGAGGAGAGAGGCGGCGAGAGUGGAGAAAUCGAUAAGGAAAGGACUGCGACACAAGCGAGAAGGGGGGGAAGGCCAGAAAGGCGAAAAGCAGAAGACGCUCCGCCUUCCAGCGGCGACGAGGAGUCCGGCGGAAGAAGAGAGGAGGGCAGUUCCAAGGUGCUGCGCUCGCCUGAGGAGCCUCUCGCCUACCGCCACGCAGGGCCUGAGGCGCCCGCGCACGCGCCCGCUCCGCCUUCCUUGCGCGAGGAGGAUGCCGUCGCUGCGCAGGUCGACGGCCUCCUGCAGAGUCGCUCCUUCUUCGUCUCUGAGACGGGGGUGGCGGAGCCAUGGAAGCGCGAAGACUUCCGCGAGACGCGCAAGGCAGGCAACGCCAACCGACCAGGAACCGGAGACGAAGAGGAGUGGGGUCUUCUGGGGCUGUAUUUGCCAGGCGUUUUGGACGAUGCCGCCGCGCCGUCCUCAAGCCCCUCCUCUGCCUCGUCUUCGUGGUCUUGGUCUGUCCCCUGUGAAGUUGUCGCUCUUUUCCGCGGGCCGGGACUGGCUCGCGCACUGGCGCCACGCAUCUCGCCUGCGUUUCCUCUGCUGGCGUCGGGCGACGACUCGAAGCCGCUUUCGAAGAAGCGCGAGCGCGAGCGCGCGAGGAAGCGCGCGGAGAAGCUGUUGCGCGUGGCUGGCGUGCGCGCGCUCUUCGCCGCCACGCAGGCGCGACACCCGGAGGCGCGCGCCCGCGCGCUCGAGAUGCUCCUUCGCCUCCUCAAAUCCGCGACCCAGAAAGCCCACGCAGCUGAGGAAUUCGCGCAGAUUCUGGGCGCGUUCCCCCUAUCCACUCCCGUGGACAGCGCCCCUGCCGACCGCAGCGUGCGGCAGCAGGAGGAGGACGCGCAGGGCCCGCGGGGCGAACUGGAGCCCAAAGCGGGCCGCGAGGGGGAGAACCACGCCGGCGAAGGCCUGGCAAAUGACGAGCCGCACCCACCAGAUGAAGAUCCGACGCAGCAGAGGAGACGCGCGCGCCGCGCCGUGGUAGACCUCAUCGUCAGCGCACUCCUCGCGUCAGUGCUGGAGCGCCACGCACGCAGGCAAAGGCCUGCGUCCUCGGGUGCAUCGGUGUCUUCCGCGGCCUCGGCGUCUUCCGCUGAGGCCGUCGCCUGGGGCGAGAAGAGCGAGGCCGCGGGCCUAGAGAUGCUCUACGAGUUGUGUCUUCUGUCGGCGGAGUGGAUGAACGUGCUUCAGACGCACACGGGAGUCUACGUGCUCCUGCUCGCGCUGUCGAAGGAGCUCGACGGCGAGGUGAAGCUGCACAGCGCUCCGUCGCCAGCCGCGGCUGCGUCCGCCUCCCCCCUCGCGUUCUCCGCGGUGCCGCCGCUUCUGCGCCACGCACGCGCCCCUGCGCGCGUGGCGCGCCGGCUGCGCUACGUGGGCAUUUUGCGAACCGCGCUGGGCUUCGCGGCGUUGUCGCCGGCGGCCGCGUUUCCGCCGGCGUGCGCGUCGCUGUCGUCCUCGGCCUUGCGCGAGCGGCGGCGGCGGCGUCGCGGGCUGCGCAUCUUAGCGUUCGACGGCGGCGGCACGCGCGGCGUGCUGAGUCUGGCGCUGCUGAAGCAGAUCGUGGCCUGCGUGGGCAAGGAGGCGCACGAGACCUUUGACAUCAUCUGCGGGACGUCGACUGGCGGCGUGAUAGCCGCCCUCCUCGGCCUCGAGAAGGCGAGCGUAGUGGAGGCGGAGCGCCUCUACGAUCUGCUGAUUCGCGAGAUCUUUGUGCGCGACUCCGCCGCGGUGACCGGUGCGCGGCUGGUGCUGCGGCAGGCCGUCUACGACGAGCGCGGCUGGGAGGGCAUCCUCGACAAGGCCUGGGGCGACCGCCGCAUGAUUGACUUCGCCGCCGAUCCCUGCUGCCCCAAGGUCUUCUGCAUCAGCACCGUCGCCUCGUCCAACCCCACGAACGUCAUGGUCUGGCGAAACUACAACUUUCCCGUGAACCUCGUGGAGCAGUCAACGAGCCCGCGCGCGCGCCGAGACGCAGGAAACCCAGAAGAAGAAGUGGGCGCCGCCGCGGAAAAACGUACCCGCGCGGCGAAUGACGAGGGCGACGCCGAGCGGAACGAGGGACUCUUUCGGGCCUUCUUCGACGGCUGGCGCAGCCGCGAGGCGGCGCACGGGCGCGCGACGGAGGAGGCGAGCGACGCUCGCGCGCCGUCGAGUUCGUCUCGACGUUUGGAGGACGCGCGGCAGGCGUACGAGACGCGCCGACCGGAGCCGCCGACUCGCGCGCUGUCGCCCCGAAGUGCGCUCCAGAGGAUCGUGCGCUUCUUUCUUCCGUGCUCCAAAGCAGGGGGGCCCCGCCGCCCCUCGCCCUCGUCGCCUGCUGCGGCGUCUGAGGCGGCCGCGGGAGGCUCGGCGACGGCGUCGCCAACCUCGUUUCUUCUUGUGCCGUCGCGGGGAAGCCGCCACGCGGGGUCGUGUCGCAUCCUGGUGAAGGACGCUUUGCGCGCGACGACGGCGGCGCCUGGCUUCUUCUCGGGGAUCUGCUGGGAGAGUCAGGCGUUCUCCGACGGCGCGCUGCUCGCCAACAACCCGACGGCGAUCGCUCUCGCAGAGGCGCGCGGCCUCUAUGGCGAAGACGUUCCUAUCGAGUUAGUCGUGAGCAUCGGCACCGGCAAGUUUCCCUCGUCCUUCUCGUCCUCGCGGCGCGGCGACAACAUGCUGCACGUAGAGGCGCAGGGCGCGGCGAAGACCCGUGCGCACUCCACCAGCGGGCUGCCUCAGGACGCGUCCGCGGGGGCCUCUCAGUUCAUGCAGACGGAGAAAGAAGAGACGCCGGCCGGCGGCGUCUCGUCGCUGCUGGGCAUCGGCGGCUGGGAGACGCUGCUGGCGCAGCUCGCGAACUGCGCGACCAACACGGAGGCGAUCCACGACUUGCUCUCAGAUAUGCUGCCGCCCUCGAUCUACUUUCGCUUCAACCCCGACAUCUCAGGCAACUGGACGAUCGACGAAACGCGACCCGAGAGGCUGAGUGCGCUCAAGUGCCUCGCCGAGCGCUUCUUCCUAGACGACGAAGAGAAUCGGCGGAAACUCGUUGAACUCGUGACGCGCAUCAAACGCGACGACGAAGAAGACCGCGAGUUGGCGCAGCGCGAGGCUGGCGAGCGAAGCCCCGCCGCGGCGAAGGAGCGGCCGGGAGAGGAGGAGGAGGGCGCAGGCGCCAAGAGGUGCCAAGCGGACAGCGCGGCACUGGACGCGGAAGAAGAUGAAGAAUGGACAGAUCUGGGGGGCUUCCAGUCGGAGCGAGCGGCGUGGAGAGAACAAGAAGAAAGACCGAACGCGCGCGCAGCUGGCCCGGGAGGCGUCUGGGACUCGCUCGUCUACUCGUUCCUCUCCGCGGGACCGCAGCCAGAAAGUGUGGGCGACGGCGAACCGCGGCGAGCGCCAGCGGUCUUACAGGGGCGAAGGCCGCGCAGCCAACAGGACGCUGGAGUUGAGGAAGAACGCGACCCGAGAGACAAAACUCAGCAGGAGACGCGCGACGAGCCCUGGGCGCUGGAGCGCGACGCGGAGGGAGGCGGCCGACAGCAUCCGCCGCAGCGACCGACAUCGCCUUCCGGGGAUCUCGGGCCCUCGAUCGAGCCCACGAAGCCAAACAGAGACGCCGCGGCUUUCCUCGGACCGUCGCCGGCGGUGACCACAGCCUCACUUCCAGGUCCUUCGCUCUCUCCGGCGCACGCAGCGUCCGCCUCCGCCGCGUCACCAACCUCCGCUGCGUGGCCUUCGUCGCACUCGCGUCCGCGGCGGUCGCUGUGGACGUGGCUUACGAGCGGGCGAGGCGCGGAGGACGCGGCGGCUGCAGCGGGCGCAUCGCCGUUUGGAGCUCGCGCCGCCUCAGACGGCGCGCAUCUGUCCUUCACGGAGAAGGUGUUGUCGGUUCUCUCGGCGCCCGCUGAGCACCAGGAGCUUCACAGACGGGCGCUGCUGUCCGCGCGAGAGUCGCGGCGUCUGCAUGCGAGGUCGCCGCCAGCGUGCGCGCUGACGCCCUGCGCGUCGGGGUCUGGCUCGCCGCUCCCCAACGCGCGCGCGCCCUCAGUGCGGGGCGAGGAGGGCGAGGAGGCGCAGGGGCCCGCGGCGGAAGGGGGCGACUGUUCCGGCGAGCUCGAAGGCGCGGACGAGCCUGCGGCGGAGGACGAUGCGAGAGACGAGGGGGACGAGGACCUCGUGCCCCCGACAGGCGUCCAGGUGGUGCUGCAGACGAUCCACGCGCACCUGGAGGAAGAGGCGAGGGCUGCAGAGCGCGAGCGAGAAGACCGGAAGCGCGCCCGUGUCUCUGCAAGUCGGCAGGCGGACAAGCUGGAGGCGACGGCAAGAAGCGCGCAGCUCGAGAAAGACCAGAUUUCGCACUUGCUCCAGGAGCAAGCGAUGAUCCACGAGGCUGCGGCUGAGAACCAGAGGCGGCCGAGAUGGGCGCUGUCGGCGCCUCAAGGCCCUGACGGAGAGGCGGAGGCCAGCGGAGGAGAAAGUGACUGA